GGGGCUCACGCUUCACUGCUCGGGUCACGGGCGCGAGGGCUGCCGGGAAAAGGCUUUUUUGUGGACAAAAUGGCGGCGAUCAGAGGAGAAACGCGUGUGAAACGUCAGAAAGCAAAGCGAUACUGGGAUUCAACGGGAAAUGAAUCCGAAGGUGUUGGUGCAGGCAAGAAAAUAUGUAGCGAGCAGAGAGAAGCGAAGGGAACGAAAGCAGAUCGACCGAGUAUUCAGACGGCUAUGAAAAAUAAACAGGAGGGAGCUAGAAAAAAGGCAAUGAUUUCGGGGCCGGAUGAUCCCUUUCCAGGUGGUGUCCCCAUCCCUGCAGAGACGAUGAAAAAGUUCAAGAGAGGAGAGAAAAUAGAACUGAGGAAAAUCGGCAACAAGAACCUGAAGUAUCGGAUGACGAAGAUGGAGAAGAAAUAUAAGGAGGCGCAGAAACAGGCGGCCAGCUUCAACCUCCUGCUGCCUGAGGAGGCUGGGUUUUUAGAAGUCAACGAGGGAGAGGACACAUGUAUCAUUGAUCAGAAGGACAUUGCAGAUGCUGUCGACAUAACCAGCAGUUCGAAGUAUUUUAACCUGGUGCUGGAUCAGUUUGGACCCUACCGAAUAAACUACACCAGGAACGGCAGACACCUGCUGAUGGGCGGCCGUCGAGGGCAUGUGGCGGCCCUGGACUGGCACACAAAACAGCUCCUGUGUGAGAUCAACGUGAUGGAGAGCAUCAACGAUGUCCGGUGGUUACACUCAGAAAACAUGUUUGCUGUGGCACAAAAGAAGUGGCUGUACAUCUACGACAACAUGGGAAUUGAGCUGCACUGCGUGAAGAAAUUCAAUGACGUCUUACGGAUGGAAUUCCUGCCGUAUCAUUUCCUCCUGGCCACAUGUAGUGCCAGUGGAUUCCUGCAGUACCUCGAUGUCUCUGUGGGGAAGGAGGUCACUGCUACCUGCACCAAAGCAGGUCGUCUGAACGUGAUGGCCCAGAAUCCCUACAACGCCAUUAUACACUUGGGACACACAACAGGGACUGUGACAAUGUGGAGCCCGAAUGUCAAGGAGCCUCUGGUGAAGAUGCUGUGCCAUCGCGGAGGCAUUCGAGCGAUUGCCGUCGACAAGACUGGAACAUACAUGGCUACCUCCGGUCUGGAUAAGAAGCUGAAAAUCUUUGAUAUCCGUGCGUUGAGGCAGGUGCAGUCCUACGUCAUUCCAUUGGGAGCCAGUCACCUCACCUUCAGUCAGAGCAACCUGCUGGCAGCUGGCUGUGGGAACGUGGUCCACGUUUACAAAGAUGCCCAUUUGGAGGGCAUGAAUAAGCCAUACAUGUGCCACUCUGUACGGCAGAGUGUGCACGGACUGCAGUUCUGUCCCUAUGAAGAUGUGUUGGGCAUUGGGCACGGCGAGGGCUUCACCAGCAUGUUAGUGCCAGGUGCUGGCGAGGCUAACUUCGAUGCCUUGGAAUGUAAUCCCUAUCAGAGCAAGAAGCAGAGGCAGGAAUGGGAGGUCAAAGCGCUUCUGGAGAAGAUCCAGCCUGAGCUGAUCACUCUCGACCCAAACAAGCUGGGAGAGGUUGACUUCAUCACCAUGAAACAGAAACUCACUGAGCGAGCAGAGCGCCUGGGAUAUGAUCCUUUGGUGAAGGAAAAGUUUGAGCCAAAGCACAAAAUGAAGGGCCGGAGCUCGACUGGGAAUAUUGAGAAAAGGAAGAAGAAGGUGGCGUUUGAUAGACAGAGGGAAGAAAUCCGAAAGAGCGUUCAGGAGAAAGCAAAGGAAGAAAAGGCAAAGGAACUGAGACUGAAGGACAGGAACACAGAGCUGGGACAGAGGACAGCUCUCGAUCGUUUCAGAAAAUAACCAGAUGACUGGGACUGGAGCUUCAGACCGGACUGGAGUGCUGGGGCGCAGGCGGUGGGGUUAGGGGUGAAAGAAUCUUGCAAAUUUACCGAGCACAGAGCUUAUUCCAGACCCAGUGCUAACAGAAAGCAGUGGACUGAAGAGUGCUCUCAUCUGCCUUUCCCGUCUUCACCUAAGAACAUAAGAAAUUGCUGGAGAAAGAAGACCAAGGUCCAUCCAGUUCGUCUUCCACCAUCCUUGGCAGUCGCUUGAUAUGUCAUGUCCCAAACUAUAUACACUAUUAUUUUCUUGCAGACACCUAUCUGAUUUGUCCUUGAGAGACUUGAACACUUUCUGCUUCCACCGUCUCAAAUGGGAGCCUGUUCUGUCAGUUUCCUGCUCGCUCGCUCACUGAAGCGGUGUCUGCAGAUGUGUCCCCCCCCCUCUGGUUAGGCUGCCCCAGGAGAUUUUCCCCCCACGAAACUCUGCACCAUUCGAAACGUUCUCUCCUCCCCUUCCGCCAACUUCAGCAGAUGCCUUUCCGUUGCAAAAACCGGUUCACUGCGUCAAAUUAUUUGUGUUCAGAGCAGUGGCGGUUGGGAUAUUUUUGGUUUGUUUUGUUUGCAGAAAUACCAGGAGACUGACUGCAAGGCAACGCAAAUGUGAAAGGAGAAUUUCUCUGAAAAUAACCUUUGUGGAUUUUUUUUCCCCCAAAAAUCUACAUUUCUUAAGAAAAUAAAAGCAAAAUUCGCCAACUCGCGGAUUCCUGCCUCGACACGAUUGGAGUUGUGUAGUUCGAGCACUCGCCUCGCUAGCGAGGAAACAGGUUCGAUUACCGGGCGGGGUGGAUACAAUAUUUUCUGUGGAGCGCUUCGAGACGUCUCGAUGACGUAACGAAUCGAGGGCUGCAUAGUUCUGAGCAGUCUGCAGCUUGUGGAGGGUGAGUGGGCAGCAGGGUGUUCAAUAACACUUAG